AUGGCAAGGAGAAAGGGCGUUGCGCCUUCGAUCAUUGGUGUCAGAGUGGUGACCACCGGCGAAGCCAGCACCAGCAGCCUGUCCUGUCAUGGCGAGAGCCGAACAGCCACAGCAUCAGCAUCCAGAUCCUUCGCCAUCUAUAUGGAACAGAACCAGCAGCUUCCUCCCCAGGCAACGAUCAGAGCAACAUUCAGGUUGGCCGAUAGCAAGAAUCGUUGUCAUGAGAUCAACUGCUUCAGCAAUGCCCGCCUUGAUGCAGCAAACACAAGACGGUCCACUCAACACGGCGAGACACUGCAUCGCCGAUGCUCCUGGAUCGUCUUCAAUCUUCUUUGGCAGGCAUCAUCCGAACGACAUCCUUCAAUGAACUCACCGACCGAGAAAGCUACGCCAUGGUUACAUGGCCAAAGCCUGCUGGUGUACGAAGUCUUCAAGCUAUUGGCCUUCGCCGAUUGA